UUGGAUUUAUUUUAAAAACCAAAUAGAGUGCUGUGAAAAUAAAUAUUUUGCUGGCGCAACCAGGGAUGCCUUUCGUACGGGAACGAAAAGAAGAAGACUGAAGGGAGCAUUUUCCAUUUCAAAAUCAAAAAUAAAUGAAACAAUGGAAGCGUUUACCAUGAAGGUGAACCUUACAUUCUUUUUUAGCGACGAGCGUCAGAACGCAUUGAUAUUGAUCGACAGCACGUGGCAAACUAUUGAGGAUGUGCAGAAGCACAUUCAGGUCCUCUUCAAUUUGAAAGAUAUUCGUUUGCUUACCAAUUCAGGAUACUUUCUACCGCCCAAGGAGUCUCUGAGGGUGCUCAAAGAUGCUUCUGGAUUGAAGGCCUUCUCUUUCCAUGAACCACCAGCCACCAGUUUAGAGGAAGGAAGCAAAAAGACAAGCAAGAAGCGCAAGAAAUCAUUCGAUGAAACCGAGAGCUUACGCUGCAGCCCCCCGUGGGAUCAGCCAAAACGCUCUAAGCAGAAGAACAAAUCGACUUUGCAACCAAUUUCUCUGAGUGCCGCAGCUGAUGAUAAGGUGAAUCCUUCAUGUAACACCAGUGAAUCCGACGGGCCACUCUCCAACUCCACUUUGAACCAGCCAAAGCGUUUCAAGCAGAAAAACAAAUCGGCUUCGCAAUCAAUAAAUCUGAGUGCUGCAGCUGAUGAUAAGGUGAAGCCUUCAUGUAACACCAGUGAAGCCGAGGAGCCACUAUCCAACAACACUUUGAACCAGCCAAAGCGUUUCAAACAGAAAAAACAAUCGACUUUGCAAGCAAUUACUCAGAAUGCCGCAGCUGAUGAUAAGGUGAAUCCUUCAUGUAACACCAGUGAAGCCGAGGAGCCACUAUCUAACUCCACUUUGAACCAGCCAAAGCGUUUCAAACAGAAAAAACAAUCGACUUUGCAACCAAUUCCUCUGAAUGCCGCUGCUGAUGAUAAGGUGAAUCCUUCAUGUAACACCAGUGAAGACGUGGAGCUACUCUCCAAUGCCUCGCUGAAUCAGCGAAAGCGCUCUAAUAAAUCGACUUUGCAACCAAUUUCCUCGAAUGCCGCUGCUGAUGAUAAGGCUGAAACAAAUGAAACCACGAUGCCAAUGCCCCAAUAUAACUCCGAAUGCGAUCAGUCAAGUUCUGAUGACGAUGAUAACAGAAAAGCUGAAGUCAUACGACAGGACCCCCCAGUUCACAAUUCCUUUAUGGCCGAAUAUCAAAUAAGCAGUUCGAGUCUUCAAAUUACCUCUACACUUCCCCGCCCAUCAGAGUUACAGGAGCCAGACCUAACAGCAAAGGAAAAUUCCACAUUGUUAGUCCCUGAACCGCGGCCCAUUUCGUUUCGUUGCCCGCUAAUGGAGCUGGACUCAAACAAAGUGCGCACUUACAACAUUUCAAUCAAAUCGAAACCCGCCCAAGAUAUCCCUAGAAAAUACCAGAAAAAGCAAACAGAUUCCAGUGAACACAUUAAAUUGGCCACUCCCAAGACCGCCAAACAUGAAUCUACAACUAUAGCUGGAGCUGGAGCUACAACAGAAGCUGUGGCACCCUUAGUAGAUGUGAAAACGGUUCCCAGACGUGUUUGUGCCGACGCUAUAGACUGUGAUUCCGAGGACGAUGUCAUGGUGCUAGAUGACACCAGUGUAGAUGUAGACUCUGACGUGGAAGUGUCCCCCCAAGAUGUCCCAAGUAAUGAUUCUCAGGCAAAUGAUUCUUCGAUGGUCAUGUUUAAAAACGCAUCUCCGCUAAAGGAUUUGCCAAAAAGGGGCGACACAAUACUCUUCAAGCUAAGGAAGAUCAAGAAGUCAAUGGGAUCGGGGCUAACCGGAGUUAUAGCUGCUAGCUGUACCUACAUCAAUCGUCGCACCAAAGCCGUUUCACUGCAAGUUAUAUCAUCUCCUCCAGGCAUCAGUCCUGUACUGAAACAGUACUGCAACAGCUUAGACGACUCAUGCGAAGAUAUACCCUGUUUAAUGGUCAAUAUGAUCGAUCUGAUUGAAGCAAAACGUGUCGUACCCAGAGCCUAAAUAAUGCAACGAGCGUUUACAUACAUUCUGAUAUUCUAUUUUUAUAGCUUUGUAAAUUAUAUAAACAAUCAAAUAACAUGCAAAUGUACGAUUUAUUAAAAAUGCGGCCCUUCACUUGGUGUA